CGACCAUCCGCCCGAGGUACCACUCAUCAUCAAAUCAUGCCAUCUUCCUCGCAGAAACGUCAUAUGGAGACUUGAAGAUCGUCCAAUACGAGCCUUCUGAACACUUUGGAGUCCCAACGUUCCGGACGAUUACAAGCAAAUCGUUGCAGCUGGUGGCUUUGUCGCCGGAUGUAAGGAGGCUUGCUCUUGUUUAUAGCUUGGGUGAACACUACUGGGCCCAGAUUCGCAUAUUCGACAUGUCAAGUGUACAGGACGUCUCUCUCGACAACGCAAGGGUUGAAGGUCACGUAAAUGAAAAACUAAGGAGUGUCGACAGCAACCGCGAUCUCUUCUUCUCUAGAAAUGGCGAAUACUUGUAUCACGCUUACAAACCUCGCGGCUCCGCUGAACUCAAGAUUGAGAUGUGGGACACCUUCACAAGUCAGCGAACGGCUAUUUGGAAGAUUCCAAACCAGGAUACGACGCCCAACGGCUUCUUCAUUACGAGCAUUGUGCCUCUGAAUACCGAAGCAGGUUUCAUAUAUGUCAGCCAUGGGGAGUCAGUUGAGAAAACGACAGCCUCCUCCACCAAGGACAAGACAAUACUUGCGAAUAUUGCCAGUGUGAAGAAGAUACUGCUCUCCGCUGACGACGAAAGGAUUGCCAUCCUGGUGACUCGUGAUAAAGGGCUUGAAAUAUACGGGCUCACUUUGUCAUGCACAACUACUCAGCCGAUAAGGUUCAAGACUGAUCGGCCGCCAGGAAAUCCCGCGAUUCCCACACCAAAGAAGCUCAACAUUCUUGAACCGAUGACUUAUGAUCCCAGAAGAGAUGAUGCGGCACUCCAAGAGGAGGGUCUCAACAUGAGCCUCUUGGUGACAAAUUGCGAGAAAAAGACAACAUACAAAUGUAAUCUUCAGAGUCUCUUUGAGACUCAGACCGAGGAGUAAUGAAUUGAG